AGCCAGCUUGCUUUAAGAGAGGUGGACUUCAACUCCCAGAAUUCCCUAGCUGGCAAGCAUCAAGAUGGGUGGACUUCAACUCCCAGAAUUCUUGAGCCAGCAUGGGGAAUUCUGGGAAUUGAAGUCCACAGGUUGUAAAAUAGCCGUAGCUGCCCACAGUUGGGUUAGUAAGAGUGAAUAUAUCCCCCUUGGCCUUCCUCUUCCUCGUCCCUCUGGCCAGCCAGCUCCUCUGCGCCCCAGCCGGCCCGUAACGCUCUCUUUCCCGUCUGCCAGGAGAGGUUGGCGGCCCACGAAGGGAUGAGGCCCAUGCGCGCCAUCUUUACCCGCGAGGGACAGAUCUUCACCACGGGGUUCACCCGCAUGAGCCAGCGGGAGCUGGGCCUCUGGGACCCGAAGAACUUUGAGGAGCCCAUCGCCCUCCAGGAGAUGGACACCAGCAACGGGGUUCUCCUGCCCUUUUACGACCCUGAUUCCAGCAUAGUCUACCUGUGUGGAAAGGGGGACAGCAGCAUCCGCUACUUCGAGAUCACGGAGGAGGCGCCCUACGUCCACUACCUGAGCACCUACAGCAGCAAGGAGCCCCAGCGCGGGAUGGGCUUCAUGCCCAAGAGGGGGCUGGAUGUCAGCAAGUGCGAAAUCGCCAGGUUUUACAAGCUGCACGAACGAAAAUGUGAGCCCAUUGUUAUGACUGUACCCCGAAAGUCGGACCUCUUCCAGGAUGACCUGUACCCGGACACCCCUGGUCCUGAGCCGGCCCUGGAGGCGGAUGAAUGGCUGGCGGGGAAAGACGCGGAGCCCCUCCUGGUCUCCCUGCGGGACGGCUACGUCCCCCUCAAGAACCGCGAGCUCAAAGUCAGUAAGAAGAACAUCCUGGACACGAAGCCUCCCCUGGGCUCACGCAGGAGCCUCUCCAGCUGCGGCUCCAAUUUUUCUACCUCCACCCUUGAAGACCUCUUGCAAGAAAUUCGCACUCUGCGCCAGACCAUCCAAGAUCACGAGAAGCGCAUCACCGACCUGGAAAACACCCUCUGCGAACUCGCAGACGUGACGGACUAGCCUCUUCCGCACCCAGAACGUUGCCAUCCCGGAGACAAGACCGAGCAUCUCCCCCACCCCCGUCCAUCUGCUUCUUCUCAGCUCAAUGGGCAUUCGUAGGGGCUGCUCCCCAUCGCAGGGAAUGGCCCUGCUCUCUUCUCGUCCCUUUCUCUCCAACCUGACUACGGGCUGCCUUGACUUUUGCGGUGGAAGUGGAGUUCAGAGAAAAGAUCUUCCGUGGACUGCUGGACGCUCGGGGUGGGGUGGGGGUGGGGAAUGCGGGGUAGGGUUGCUGUGAUGCCAACUCACCUUUCGGCCUCCAGGGGUGGGGCAAAGGGGGUGGGGGUUGCCGUGAGCCACAGGUGUGUUGUGAGUUUUGCAGUGCGACAGAAGGGGGACCCUUAGAUUUGCAGGAUUAGAAAUGGGUCUUUGGAGAGGGAGAGAGAGAAGGGGGCAGCCAGACCCUGCUGGCGGGGGAUUGGUUUUACUGGAGGGGUAGGGGGGGCCAAGAGGAUUCUCCAGCCCCUGCUGGAAGGGGAGGGGGGAGCAACACUGUUCCAAGGGGAGGCAUCUGCAGGUACUGCUUUCCGUGAUAAAUUGAGGUGGGGGUUUGCCUGCUGCCUGCGGCGAGGAGUUUUCCAUCUCCAUUGCUGAAUGUUGUACAGAUGUUGCACAGCUGGGCCAGGCCCAGAUGUGCUGCCUGGGCUGUAUAUGCGGAGGAACAAGGAUGCUGGCUUACAGCAACACCUCCCCCUCCCCAUCUGCUUGUAAUGCAAAGGGACCCCCCCCCAUCCCUGGUGGGUUGGGUGGGGGGGAGAGAGAAUAGGGCCAUUGCUCAUUUGCAUAUGCUGAUAAAUAUAUAUACAUAUAUAUAUUUAUAAUAUAUAUAUAUAAUGUGGCUCAUUU